AUGGGUCUGAAUGGAAGAUUGUCUGUGUUUUGGGAAAGCCAUAAAAUCUGCUCGUUUCAAUUCGCCAUCAGUUUCCAAGGCGUCGGCGCCUGGAGCCCCACCAGGAGCAACGACAGAAAACUGUCCUCUGAGUUAUUUCGAGACGUGGAUGAUACUUAUUCCGACUUCAGGGGUCGAGAGCUGACCGUGACGGCAAAUAACAACAACCCCUUCUUCAAAAUGAAGGAAUUCGACAAUGGGACAUAUGUUCCAGAUUCUGGAAUCGAUAUCAGCAUUAUAGACGCUCUUGGUGGUGCCCUUAACUUCACGUACAGAGUCAUAAAACCAGCAGAUGGGAAGUAUGGCGGUCCUCUUCCUGAUGGGACAAUCACUGGCAUGAUUGGCGAAGUUGCGAGAAGAAAUGCUCACAUCGCCAUCUGUGAAAUUACUAUCACAGGGCUACGAGAAACUGUGAUAGACUUCACGAGGCCUUAUUUCAUGGAAUCAAUGACGAUAGUCUCAACUGCUCCUGCUGAGAAGAGCCGAGCUUUCGCCGCCUUCUCGCCUUUUUCCUCUACGGUCUGGGCGUGUUUGAUCAUCUCAACCAUAGCCAUCGGCCCCGUGCUCUAUCUGGAGACAUUGUUUCUGAAGAAGUUCCUGAAAAGGAACUUUGGCCCACGCCACAACUUACUGGACACUUCGUUCAACCUGUUCAGAAGCCUGGUCGCUCAGAAUAAUUCUCUCUCUGAAGAUUACUGGGCUCACAAGUUCACAUUCUUUGGCUGGUACUUAUUCUGCUUUUACAUAGUAGUACUCUACUCUGGGACGCUAACAGCCGUGCUAGUAACCCCGGCCUUUGAGAAACCCAUCGAUGACCUGACCGAUUUACCUGAUGCAGUGAAAAAGGGCGCCACUAUUGCCAUAGUUGGAGAUACGAGCUCUGAAAUGCUUUUCAAGGAAGCCAAAGACGGCAUCUACAAGGAGAUCUGGCAACUUUUCAAUCACAAAGACAGAUCCCAGAGCUUCUUACCUGGGGAUGACGCAGGAUUUGACAGGGUUGUUUCGAAAAAAGUAAUCUUCCUGAGCUCUCAGUUCAGUUCGAGGAUCAUCGCCACCCAGAGGGGUAUCAGCAAGUUCCAUUUGGCAAAGCAGUCCUUUUACCCUCAAGGUUACGGCCUCGCUUGCUUUAGUGGCGCUCCCUUCAGGGGGAAGUUCAACAAAAUGAUAUCGCACAUGACGGAGGGCGGCCUCAUCAUGAAAUGGGCUGACGACCAGGUGCUCAGGGCAGCGCUCGGAGGGAUGAACACCGAGAAGCUGACCAGUGGGGAAGCCACACCCAUCACGCUUAAGCAUUUGCAGGCAGCUUUCUUCGUGCUAGCUUUGGGCUACGUGACAGCAGCGUUGACAACUCUAUUAGAGCAAGUAGAAUUCUCUCAGGUUGUUGCUCUACAGCUUUCACAGCCUCCCAUCUACCGGACCAGCGUGUCUCACUUAGAGACUUCAAUUAGGUGUAUUAAAGAAGUUGUGGAUGGACUGGAUAACUCCAAGAGCAUUCCUGAUGACAGUAUUUUCCUGCAAUGUAUCAUGUAG